GUGGUGGGCUGCGGGAACUCGGAGCUGAGCGAGCAGAUGUACGACCUGGGGCUGUGCGAAGACGUGGUGAACAUCGACAUCAGCGACGCCGUCGUCCGUCAGAUGCGAGAGCGGAGCGGCAGCAAGAGGCCCAAGAUGAGCUACCUGGUGAUGGACGUGCUUCAGAUGGACUUCCCUGAUGGCCACUUCCAGGUGGUCCUGGACAAAGGCACGCUGGAUGCCGUCCUCGCCGAUGAGGAGGAGGCCACUCUAGCCAAGGUGGACAAGAUGUUUGCUGAGAUCAGCCGGGUCCUGCAGGUCGGAGGGCGUUACCUCUGCGUCUCCCUGGCUCAAGCCCACGUGCUGAAGAAAGCGGUGGAGUACUUCUCACAGGCAGGCUGGGUCGUGCGUGUCCAUCAGGUGGCCGGCAGUGGGGACAAACAGCAGUUUGUCCUACCCGUCUUUGUCUACGUCAUGACAAAGUUCAGGAAGAUCCCCGGCUCGGCGUCGCAGAUCCUGGAGAUCUGCCCCGAGGAGCAGGACAAGCCUCUGCGGGUGGAGAGUGCGGAGCAGCUGGUGGCGGCGGUGAAGGACAGGCAGCAUUACGCCCUGCUCUGCAGCCAGCUGAGCAAAACCCCCUGCGGGGAGCAGCUUUCCCUGGAUCUGUGUGACAGGGAGAGCGGGAGGCCUCGCUACACGCUGCACGUGGUCGACAGUCCCUCGGUGAAACCUUCCCGGGACAAUCACUUCGCCAUCUUCAUCAUCCCACAGGGCAGAGAAACCGAGUGGCUCUUUGGGACGGAGGAAGGACGGAGGCAGCUGGCCACGAGUGCGGGCUUUGGGCGCCUGGUCACCGUGGCCCUGCACAGGGAGCAGCACUAUGAGGGCAUGGCCGGCAUCCAGGCGGAGCUGCUGGGGAAGGUGAUGGAGCUGGCCCCGCCCGGCCUCCCUGCCCGGCAGCAGGUGCCCUUCCUGUCCGUCGGAGGGGACAUCGGGGUGCGGACGGUGCAGCACCGCGACACCAGCACCCUGAGCGGGGAGUACGUCGUGGAGGACGUGAAGGGGGACGGCACCUGCUACUUCCGCCGCCUCAUCUUCCUCAACGUGGUGCAGUCGGAGGCUCGGCUCCUGGCCCCUGCGCCUCUCCCAGGCCAGAAGAAACGGCGGAAGGACAAGAAGAAACCCAGCGCUGCUGAGCCACCUGCACCAGCCACAAGAGCUACCGACAAGAGCUACCUGUGCUGUGAGCACCACAAAGCCAUGGUCGCGGGGCUCUGCCUGCUGGGGGGCCCCGAUCCCCUCCCAGGAGCCCUGCUGGCAGUGCUGGUGGUGGGGCUCGGGGUGGAGAUCGACCCCUCCAUGCUGGAGGUGGCCACGCGCUGGUUUGGCUUCGCCCAGGGCAACCGGAUGCGGGUGCACGUCUCCGAUGGCCUGGACUACGUAGCAAAGCUGGCGGCUGAAGCCCCGGCCCAGUACGAUGCCAUCAUGUUCGAUGUGGACAGCAAAGACCUCACGGUGGGGAUGAGCUGCCCACCCCCAGCCUUCGUGGAAAAGGCCUUUUUGCAGAAAGUUAAAACCAUCCUCAAGCCAGAAGGAGUCUUCGUGCUCAACUUGGUGUGCCGUGACGCCCGGCUGAAGGAGUCUGUCCUGGCCACCCUCGGGGAGGUCUUCCCGCUGCUCUACGCGCGCCGUAUUGACGGGGAGGUCAACGAGAUCCUGUUCUGCCAGCCCAGCCCUGAGGGUCGGCAGGACCCCACCGAGCUGGGGGCACGUGCCCGGGUGCUGGAGAGGUCCCUGCGGCAGCCUGGGCGCCCCUGGGACAGCUCGUAUGUGCUGGCAGACAUGCUGCAGGCCGUCGAGAUCCUUUGA